AUGAGCGAAAAGGGCUGCCAGCUCCUGGUGUCGCCAUGCACCGUGUCCCCGUCGGUAGGGAAGAUCAGAGGGCACAGGUGCCAAUCCAUCAAGGCACCCGCAGCUUCCCCCCACUGGGGCGGUACCCGCUUCCCCGGCGCGGACAAAUCUACGACGGAGAUGCCGAGCGGCGGCCACGUGACCCUGCCGAGCCUGAGCCUCCGCAGGAAGGUGUUGACAAACGGUCAGCAACCAGAUGCCCGAACCGCCUCAACCUUGUGUCCAUCAGGUCGUGCCGUGUCAAGGCCUGUCAUUGAAGUUCUUGGACAUCCGGCUAGUACAAACCUAACGGUGACCAGUAUUCCGUUGUCAAUCCAUUCAUACGAUGUCACAUCAAGACCGCCCCAUCAGCUUCCCCUUGACGCCAGGUCCUUGCUAUCCAGAGAAUCCCUGGCGUCCACCACCCUCAGUCUCUUCGAAACUCAGUCUGUGUUUAGCGGCAGGCACGACUGGCCGUCUGGUUGCCGCGUGCUUCCCCCGCUGGGAGAGACGCCAUGCUCCACCCAAGCCAACGAGGGCGGUGAGCAGCUCGGCCUCCCACCUGGCACGGCCAUGUCCGGCACGACGGCGUCGACCGCAUCAGCCUCCUUGCCCUCGUACCUUUUCACUGGGGAUUCCGGUAGCCCCAGACAGCAAAAGAAGAGAGCUCUUUCCACGUCACCUCUGUCCGAUGUCAUGGGGAUUGAUUUCAACUCCAUCAUACGCACCUCUCCUACUUCACUUGUGGCUUACAUUAAUGGCUCCCGAAGCUCGCCGGCCUCCCACCCAGCGCUCUCUCCUGUCCACUCCGAAGGCUAUGGCCACUUCCUGGGUGUGAAGGGGUCCUGCAUCUCCCAGCUGCAUCCCUACUCUGUCCCAAACGUUUCACAUAUUCUGGCCCCACUGGACGAGUCCGCUCACGUGAAGGUUCUCAAAGAGCGUCUGGAAGAACAGGCUAAUAUAGUAUUGGAGAACCAGUGCUUUUCAGUUCCACAGGAAGUGGACAGGACUUCAGAGACUACUAGACAAGAACAUAGCAACAUUCUGCCACCUCUGCUGCUACAACCAACACAAUUGACUUCUCAAGAAGCGACCAUUCCUCAGGGACCACCGCCACCCUACCACUCCCACCAGCACAUCCACAACUUUCCCAGAAUUCGCCACAAGCUAAAGACUCAAGAUCGUCUCAACCAGGGUCUUCCCCGGCAUGGGCUCAGCUUUUUACCCCAGGUCCCAAUGCUGGAGGAAGAAGAAGGCGAACUGGAAGACUACGGGGCCCGCUGCUGCAUGUGGAUGGACUGCAGCGCCGUCUACGACCAAAAGGACGAGCUCGUGAGGCAUAUAGAAAAGAUACACGUGGACCAGAGGAAGGCUGAGGACUUCACGUGCUACUGGGCAGGCUGUUCUCGCGACCUUAAACCCUUCAAUGCCCGUUACAAGCUUCUGAUCCACAUGAGGAUCCAUUCGGGAGAGAAGCCCAACAAGUGCACGUUCAAGGGCUGCAAGAAGGCCUUCUCCCGCCUGGAAAAUCUCAAGAUCCACCUGCGCAGCCACACGGGGGAGAAGCCGUACCAGUGCCAGCACCCGGGAUGCUUCAAGGCUUUCAGCAACUCCAGCGACCGAGCCAAGCACCAGCGCACCCACCUGGACGGGAAGCCGUACGCGUGCCAAGUGGCGGGUUGUGCCAAGCGCUACACCGAUCCCAGCUCCCUGAGGAAGCACGUCAAGUCCCAUUCCAAUGCGGAGAGACAGUUACGGAAGAAGAUGAAAUCCACACUCGAUGUGACCCAGGACCCACUGACAGACUGUUUAACCGUCCACCAUCUGCACCCGAGCCUCUCUCCGCCAAACAACUUGAUAGCAUCCUCCAGAGCCUCUCGUGAGCCAUACCCAUCCCCUACGCAGCGACACGAGCCAUCCCACCAUCCCAGCUUGGCUCUGAUGCGCACCCUGCAAGACAAUCACAGGUUUGGCGAUCACCAGCUCUUCUGCGGGGACCCCGGCCCCCCACUCUCUUGCCUACCGCAUCCUACUCAAGGCAUGAAGCAUCCCGGCCGGGCCCCCGACCCUGCAGCAGACCACAGUCCAGAGCUCUCAGGGCCAAUGGAGGCGCUGUAUUGUUACGACGGGGUGGACGCUUCCAGUCAUUCCAUGCGAGUGGACGCCUACAGUGGUGGCAGUAAUCCCAGCAGGCAAACAGCACUUUCCUGCAACACAGGCUUUGACGUCCAAGCGUCGGGAGGCCAUUUCUUCAAUGUGAUGGAUGCCUCCCGUAACCACACGGGAGAGUGAAAUCAGCCCACUUGUGACAUUCUUUGCACUGGCUUUUGCUUCCAUUCAAGUCGGAAGACAAUGGACGUCAUGCAGAUGGCACGUCACCUGAAAAAAAAAGAAGUGGUUUCUGGUUAGGUCUGGAAGUAUUUGUGACAAUGACAGUGGUGGGGUUUUACCUUUGUCAGCCAACAAUAUAGGUUUGACUGUGGUUGAAGUUAAGCUUCAUUUAAGAGGGGACAAACAGAGACAGAGGGUAAAAAUUACAAACAAAAAGCAACAUCGUUACCUGUGCUCGGUGUAUCUUGGUUGAAGAGGGGACGGACAAAGAUAAAGCAGAAAAAAAACACAAUAAGCAAAUAAUACAUCUGCAACAACACAUGU